AUAGGCUGACGUUGUACAGAGGAGUCGGACGAUGGGCUGCACCGGUCAGAGAGCUUCAUAUCAGUUGCGUAAAACUGUAUCUUGGUCCCGUUGUCAGCUCCAGAAACUCCGAGUUCCGGUCAGACAUGAAGAGAGUUGUUCUUGUUACCGGCGCCAACAGCGGCAUCGGCCUGGCACUGUGUGAGAGGCUGCUGACUGAGGACAGCCAGCUUCGCCUGUGUCUGGCCUGCAGGAACAUGCAGAGGGCCGAGGCUGCCCGCUCUGCCCUCCUGACCUCUCACACCGAUGCCCAGGUGGACUUACUGCACCUUGAUGUGGGCUCUGUGCGGUCAGUGCUCACCGCUGCUCAGGAGGUCAAGGACAGGUACAACAGAAUCGACUUUCUGUAUCUAAAUGCAGGAAUCAUGCCCAAUCCACAGGUGGAUGUCAAAGCUUUUUUCAAGGGUCUGUUCUCCAGGAAUGUCAUCAACAUGUUUGCAACAGCAGAGGGUCUUUUGACUCAACAGGACCGCCUCAACUCAGAUGGUCUGCAGGAAGUUUUUGCCACCAACCUCUUCGGCCAUUUCCUCCUGAUCAGGGAGCUGGAGCCUCUGCUGUGUUCGGCAGACCACACUUCCAGGAUAGUGUGGACCUCCUCGAGUAACGCCCGCCGCUCCGCCUUCAGCAUCGAGGACAUGCAGCACAGAAAUGGGACGGAGCCCUACAGUUCCUCCAAAUACGCAUCAGACAUGCUGAGCGUGGCACUCAACAGACACAAGAACAGCCAGGGGCUGUUCUCCUCUGUAAUAUGUCCUGGACUGGUGAUGACUAAUCUGACCUAUGGUAUCCUCCCCUCCUUCUUCUGGACCCUCAUCAUGCCCAUCAUGUGGCUGAUAAGGAUCUUCACCAACACGUUCACACUCACACCGUACAACGGAGCAGAGGCGCUGCACUGGUUGUUUCUUCAAAAGCCUGAGUCUCUGGAUCUGAGAGCAAAAUAUCACAGUUUAACAUCAGGACUUGGAACAAAUUACACUCAGCCUCGACAGAUGGACAUCGAUGAAAGAAUGUCUGAAGUCUUCUAUUCAAAACUUCUUGAACUUGAGAAGGCAGUCAGGAGGAAACUGAGUGAGGAAAGUGCUAAAAAGGAAGCUCAUAAAUAGUACCUCAACGACAUAGAGUAGAAGUCUGUCUUUUGUAAGGGACGCUUUUGCUCUUGGGAAAUGGACCAUGUGCAGUUUGUGAUGAUGAGAAUAAAAGUGCUCUUAUCUUUUUCAUUUAUGCCAAAUGUACCAUUA